GAUUCAAUAUGUGUAGUGGCACUACUGUUCAUUUACAAGUUGUAUAUCUCAUUUCUUAAGUAUAUGUUACUUCAAUUAUAAUAUAAAUAUUGUAGAUAUUUAUAUACUGUAAAUACGCGUUUCAUUUUAAGUAUACCAUUUAUUUAUCACUUCUGCAAUAAUUUACGCUUUAAAAUGAAUGCUGUAUUAAGUACUGUGCGUGUACUAAAUGUAUCUGCCAAGCGAUAUCUGAGUUCUGUUAAAUUACCUUCAGAAAUAGCUAUACCAAUGAAUAAAGAUAUGAUUAUCUGUUGGCAUCCAGAACGAGAAUUCCCUUAUGAAUAUUCAUUACCAUUACCAGAAGAAAAACAAAUUUCAUCAAAUUCUGUUUUAUGCAUUGGUGAAAAAGAAAUUGCUGAGGUUUUCAAGCAUAAGAAAGAAGAGGUUGUUGUUGAAGAACUUUCUAAAUUGACAUAUACUACAAAACAUAGAUGGUAUUCCAAAAACUGGUGUCGGAGAUUGAGAAAAGUAGAAACAGAAAGACCAUAUCUGUAGUUGCAUGCUUAUUAAUUCAAUAAAGUAAUAUUAAGACUAA